AGUGCAUGCAGAGUCGCCCACGGGUUUCUGACAGGCGAAGAAGAGUUCCACUUCCGGAAAUCAAAUUAUUCACACGAUAGCUAAUUAAACUGUAUUGAUGUUAUCUACCUAACGUUAAAUGUAUAAAAACUAUACAUUAUGGAUUUGCCGCUUAGCUAAGAAGAGGGUAUGAAUUAACAGUUUGUGAUCGACUUCGCACCAUCAAGCGUGAAUUGGUUGAAUGGUCAGGCUCAGCAUGUGCGCGUCUGGAAAGUACAGUUCACGGGGCCCGGCUCUGAUUCCACGGAUGAAAACCAAGCACCGCAUCUACUACAUCACCCUGUUCUCUGUGGUGCUGCUGGGACUCAUCGCCACAGGGAUGUUCCAGUUCUGGCCACACUCCAUCGAAUCAACGGCAGACUGGAGCCUGGACCGACGCAGCGUGCACGAUGCACCUCUCAUCCAACUGCCUGUCUCCAACCCUAUUCCUGAGAGAGGGGACCUUAGCUGCAGAAUGCACACUUGUUUUGAUGUGUAUCGAUGUGGCUACAACCCUAAGAAUAGAAUCAAGGUGUACAUCUAUCCUCUGCAGCGUUUUGUGGAUGAGGGAGGAGUGCCAAUCAGCAGCACAGGCCUGUCUCGAGAGUACAAUGGCCUGCUCAGUGCCAUCUCUGACAGUGAGUUCUACACUGAUGACGUCACCAGGGCAUGCCUAUUCGUGCCCUCUAUUGAUGUGCUCAAUCAGAACUCUCUGCGCAUCCGGGAGACUGCCCAGGCUCUGGCCAUGCUCCCCAGGUGGGACAAAGGGAUGAACCACCUUCUGUUCAACAUGUUACCUGGAGGACCUCCAGACUACAACACAGCCCUUGAUGUACCAAGAGACAGGGCUCUGCUUGCAGGGGGAGGCUUCUCCACAUGGACCUACAGGCAGGGUUAUGACGUCAGCAUCCCUGUGUACAGCCCUCUGUCUGCAGACGUGGAGCUGCCCGAGAGACAGCCUGGGCCCCGGCACUACUUCAUUCUGUCGUCUCAGACGGCCAUCCACCGUGAGUACCGGGCAGAGCUGGAGAGGCUGAAGGAGGAGAACGGGGAGGCUCUGCUCCUCCUGGACAAGUGCAGCAACCUCUCUCAGGGAGUCGCCUCAGCGAGGAAACGCUGCUACAAGGGCCAGGUGUUCGACUACCCCCAGAUCCUCCAGGAGUCGUCGUUCUGUGUGGUGCUGCGCGGGGCUCGGCUGGGACAGGCCACCCUCAGUGAUGUGCUGCAGGCUGGCUGUGUCCCUGUCAUCCUAGCAGACUCAUACAUCCUGCCCUUCUCUGAGGUCCUCGACUGGAAGAGGGCAUCCGUGGUCAUUCCUGAGGAGAAGCUCCCAGAGAUGUACACCAUCUUGAAGAGUAUCCCUCACAGGCAGGUGGAGGAGAUGCAAAGACAGGCCCGCUGGUUCUGGGACGCUUACUUCAGCUCCAUGAAGGCCAUCGGCAUGACAACACUUCAAAUCAUCAAUGACCGCAUCUACCCCUAUGCUGCCCGCACCUACGAACAGUGGAACAACCCCCCUGUGGUGAAGUGGUUGAGUGUGAACAGCCCUCUGUUCCUGCCUCUCAUCCCACCGAGGUCCCCAGGGUUCACUGCUGUGGUGCUGACCUACGACCGUAUCGAGAGCCUCUUCCGGGUCAUCACUGAGAUCUCCAAGGUUCCCAGCCUAGCCAAGCUACUGGUGGUGUGGAACAACCAGAACAAGAGUCCCCCUGAAGAUUCUUUAUGGCCGAAGAUUGCAGCGCCUCUCAAGGUGGUGCGCACCAAAGAGAACAAGCUCAGCAACCGCUUCUUCCCCUACGACGAGAUCGAGACUGAGGCCGUCCUGGCCAUCGAUGAUGACAUCAUCAUGCUGACGUCUGAUGAACUACAGUUUGGCUACGAGGUGUGGAGGGAGUUCCCAGACCGGUUGGUGGGGUACCCGGGUCGGCUCCACCUGUGGGACCACGAGAUGGGGAAGUGGAAGUACGAGUCCGAGUGGACCAACGAGGUGUCCAUGGUUCUGACUGGAGCAGCCUUCUACCACAAGUACUUUAACUACCUGUACACUUACAAGAUGCCAGGAGACAUCAAGAACUGGGUGGAUGCUCAUAUGAACUGUGAGGAUAUCGCCAUCAACUUCCUGGUGGCCAACAUCACUGGCAAAGCCCCCAUAAAGGUGACCCCAAGGAAGAAGUUCAAGUGUCCUGAGUGCACAGCCAUUGACGGUCUGUCCCUGGACCAGACACACAUGGUAGAGAGAUCGGAGUGCAUCAACAAGUUUGCGUCGGUGUUCGGCACCAUGCCCCUGAAGGUAGUGGAACACCGUGCAGACCCAGUCCUCUACAAGGACGACUUCCCAGAGAAGCUCAAGAGUUUCCCCAACAUCGGCAGUCUCUGACCGGACAGGGCUGUGGCCCAGCAACCCCCAGACACCCAUACAUACCCCGCAUCUUCUAGUUCAGGGGAGACAUAAACUCUUCUAUCUCUGUCCAUAUAGAACUAUCUGGAAGGUUGUUGUUGUUCUCUGUAGGGUGGUGUGGAGUUGGGAGCCUGUAUUGUUUCCUUUCCUAAAUAAUGGUUUGAAUUGGAAGUGGUGAGAGAUGAGGUGUGUGUGCUCAUUGGUUGGCUGGACAGAAUCUACUAUGCGACUGAGAGAUGACAAGUCUGUGUAUGUCCACUGCUGCUGUAUUUGAACCAGAGGCCCCGUGGGCUAUUUGGCUGAUCUGGGGUCAGUGUAUAUAAAUCACACAGGGUGAGCAAUUGUGUAAUAUGCUGAACACCCGUGUCAUUUAUCUCGAACUGAUGAAUUUUUUGUAAAUGAUAAGUAAUAUGAGACAAGGUAGUGUUAGAGGGUGCUUCUCGUCUAAGGUCAUUUCAUGGCAUGAGCUAUUUUUAUUUGUUUAGUGUGAGCACUGCAGAGGUGUAUGGUCAGCUUUCUCUGCAUAGAGGAUAUAUCGCAAAUAAUAUGUACACUAUAUAUUUACUACCAAUUGUUCUACUGCUAACACUUUUCAAAAGAAUGACCAGUAUCUGGACACUUGAAUGACCUUUUUUAAAGUGUUGUGCUGCAUAAUGAACUAUUGCAGUAACAUCUAGUCUGGUAUAGUAGGGAAGACACUGUAAUUGAUGCGGUGACAUUGGACUGUCUGCUUCAUGGAGAUGUAGGCACCAGGUUGUACAACUCCCCAAUUCUGAUGUCUCUUUUUGUUUUAUCUUUCUGUUCGUCCGUGUAGGCUUGCUCAUCUCUCUAAAGGAAUGUCCUCUAAAGGCAUUUCAAGUUUGUCAGCACACACUUUUUUAAGAUGUCAAUAUUGCCUUUGUUUUUUACUUGUGUAAGGAUUAUUGUUUGUGAUAAAUGUGUCCCAAAAUAUAUAUAAAUAUGACUUAGUGAAGAAAUACAUGCUAAAUAAAGACAUUUUUCAUUGGCCUGGGAUUAAAGAAAGGAACAAUGGCGCUGCCGGACUCCAACCAAGGUGAAUGAAUUGAGGAGCAAACUGAAGUGAAGAGGAAAUUCAGCUACUGGAGAACAGAGGAAGUUGAUCAAAGUGCUUGAAAAAAAUGUAAUCGGAAGUGUUCUAGAUGUGGAUGACGAUGUUGUAUGCAUGUUUAUUGGAGUGGUUUUCUCAUGCACAGUCACCAGUAGCAGGCCUCUAUCUGUCACGUUCUCCGUCCUCCAUUCUGAUUUGGUGAAUGCCCAUGUCUGACCAGGGCUGUUGUGACAGCCAGGCUGUGUGCAGCACCACUGUUCAGCCUCGCCUGUCACCUGUUAAUAUACGCUCCCUAAUCCACCCUGUACAAUGUCAGCAGUUCAAAGGAACGCUGUUAGUAUUUUUGUCGACUGCGUGACAUUCUUGGAGGUUGUGCGAUCUCAUUUCAUCCCUCAUGUCUGAAAUACUGAGGGAUUUUAGGCUGUCACUGCAACUGAUGCAAUCAUGGUACAUAUGAGGUAGAUGAUAUGUAAAUGCAAGAAGAUGGACGUGUUUCUUUUUUUACACUAGAUUUUUAUUGAAGGCCCUCCCACCCCUCCAUCCUAAUUAUAUAGACAUCAGUAAAAACAGAACAACACCAGAAUCCCAAAAAUCUCCACACACAUUAUUACGUGUGUUGCCCAUUGCUGCAGGACAUUGUGAAAACUGCUACUCUUAAUGAAUCCUCUGAGAGUCUUGCCAUCCUAAAAACAUCCCAGUCUUUAAAUGUAGGAUGUUUCCGUGAGAGUAGGAAUCCUUCUGCAGUAGCAUCAUUCCCACCACACAACAGCAUAGAAAGAUUGUCAAAUAUUGAGCGCCGACCUCUUUGACUAAAUGUGUUUUAUUGUUUGUUUAAAGGUCCAAUGCAGCCUUUCUAAUCGCAAUAUAGAAUUAUUUCAGGGUAACAGUAAAGUACCUUACUGUGAUUUCAAUUAAAAUGGUCAAAAAGAAGCAAAAAUAACUUCUUAGCAAAGAGCAAUUUCUCAAGCAAGAAUUUUGCUCGACUGUCUGGGAGUGGUCUGAGUGGGGAGGGGAGAACUGAACACCAGCUGUUAUUGACAGAGCAGGUUGUAACUCUGGUGUUGAUACCAGGCAGACCAAAACUCCAUCCCACCACAACAGGCUGGCAUUUCAUGCAAUCUUUUUACACAGCUCUUACACUAAAAGUAAAAGAUUUUCACCAUUUCACAGUAUUAUUACAACCUCAUAGUGUGGAAUAUAUAAAAGCAGGGAAAUCAUGUUUUGGACUGCAUUGGACCUUUAAAUCAUUGGCGGGAACUAUAUGAAAUUACUCGUGACAAUUGAAGCUGCACUUCAGUUAUGCUUUAAAGAAAAUUGUAGUUGAUGCAGUUGUGUGUGUGUGUUUCUUAAAUAAGUAUGUGAUGAACAACAGUUUUGCUCUCAAUGCUUGUAAAACAAUUUUCUAAAAUAUUAUGUAAGUGCAAUAACUUACUGUACUAUAGUAACUCACACAAAUAUAUAUGAGAACAUGAACACAAGUAAAAAGUAUACCAUCAUUAAUUAAAAAGCCGUACAAUAUAGCUUAAAGCCACAAAAACCUUUCAAAAUACUUGGAAACUCAACAAACCAAGAACACCCACCCCCUUCAGAAGGAUCACUCAAAAACCAAGAACACCCACCCCCUUCAGAAGGAUCACUCAAAAACCAAGAACACCCACCCCCUUCAGAAGGAUCACUCAAAAAC